GAGGGACCAGUACUACCACAGAGAGAUGACUACCUCAUAUUUAGCUCUUCCCUGAGCUACUUAAACAGGGCCAUGCGUUUCCAUUUGUGAGGUGCACAUCCACUCAUACAACCACAGAAGAAAUAACCACCAAUGAUGGUGGGCUGGCGACAAUCGUCAGCAGCGGCCUCUCUGCAGAUGACGCCGGUGACUAUUCUUCUGUUUGUAUGGGUAUUUAGCUGGGGGCAUGCGACGGCAUAUCUUGAUAUUGCUAACAUGACGGAACUCCAAAAACAUGUCUCUUUUUUCGACCGUAACAAGGAUGGAAUUAUUACUCCUUCAGAAACAUUUGAAGGAUAUGUUGCACUUGGUUGUGAUGUUGCAUUUUCUAGAGAGUCUGCCUCCUCGGUACAUGCUGCUCUUGGUCCUAAAACGAGCCCGGUUAAUGCGCCAUUGCCCCAGAUUAAUAUAUACAUAGACCAAAUCCACAAAGGGAUGCAUGGAAGUGAUACAGGUGCAUACGAUGCUAAUGGAAGGUUUGUUCCCCAAAAAUUUGAAGAAAUAUUCAUAAAGCAUGCAAAAGUUAGAUCAGAUGCGCUGACAUCCUUGGAGGUGGAGGAGCUGAUCUUAUCAAAUCGUGAUCCACUAGACCCUCAAUCAUGGGGAGGGCCAGUAAAAGAGUGGGGCCUGUCAUACAAGCUCUCAAGUGAUAAGGAUGGUUUUCUUCACAAGGAUAGCAUAAGAGGCAUAUAUGAUGCGAGUGAGUUUGUCAAGCUGGAGGAAAAACGGAGGUCAUCUCGAAGUGAAAUGUGAUGGGAUUAACAUGAAUAUGAAUUCCACAUAAUUUGGGAAGCAUAUGUGUAUAAAAUAUUAAUUGCUGGUAAAAUACGAUAUUUAUCGGGCAAGUAUAUUUUGUUGCACAUAAGUACUGAAAAAGGAAACACAAUGUGUUUCAGUUAGCUGGUAAAAUACAAUACAUAUUAUUAAGCA